CAAAAUUUAACGGCCAAAAAAUAAGUUUUGUUUCCUACAAAACUGCCCAAUUUUACCGGUAUUCGCGGUGCAAUCAGUGAAUUUUUCGUGAAGUGUUUAGCCAUUAUUGCUGAGUUUGAAAAUUUAUGAAAUCAAUGUUCCACCGUACCCGAUAAAAACAAACACAAAUCCUCGCCAGUGUAUUGCUACCUCGCUCACUCACACGCUCUCUCGCAACACUGGCAAAAUUAUCGGUGGGCCACCGUCCGUAAGCAGAACUCCGACAGGUCAAAACCAGUGCAACACCGUCCGAAUAAACAAACAGUUUGACAGCACCUAGUGGUGCACCAGUGCAACACUAGUGGAACACUCGGCAUAAACAAAUACGAGAUGAUCGGUGAGGAUAAUGUUAACGAUAGUGGAUAUUCAACACCAGGCAGAGAUAUUCACGACCCUCAACAUUCACGUAGCCUUGUUAAGAAGGCUCCCAACCGUCGUUUGGACGCAUUGCUUCGUGAAAUGACUCUGAACGCUUCGGCGAAUAGCAGCGGUUACUCCUCGACUCCGGGCAAGGAGUCGAAACCAGCCUUGGUAAGUAAGUCCUAUAUUCGUCGGCUGGCCCGACAGGCCGGUGUUCCCCGAUUCACCGAAGAGAUCUACGCCGUAACGGAGAACUUCACCCGGGCGUUUUUGAGCGAAGUUUUCCAGGACGCCAUGGGUGCCGCUGCUAGGGAACAACGUGAUACCAUCAUGGCCCGGGAUAUUGUUUAUGGACUUAAAUGUCAGGGACCGACGCUCUAUGGACCAGCAUUUUACCAUGGUGGGAGAUGCCGGGAGUGAAACUGAGCAAUCCUUGAAAGGAAGAGGUGUGGGGUGGACUAAGUUACUUUUUGAAAAUGUUCACUUAGAGAAAACUCUUUCUUCUAACGUUUUUCUUCGCUGUAUUUACAGUUCUUUAAGGUAUAGGUAUAUGCUACAGGACUUUUUUUUUCAAUUUCAAACUACCUAAGACAAUUUUUCAAUCUACUUUAAAGCUGAUAUAUCUAUGCUUGAUAUCCACCUUUUUUUUUAAUCUUCAUUUAUUUUGUCAAACAAUGUAUUCUUAAUACCUUAAACGUAGUUACUGAAUUCAAAUGUUCUAGCAAUCAUGGUAUUUUGUAAAAUUAAUCGAACCGAAAAAUAAGCAAAAGUCUCAACUCGAAAUUCAUUUUUAUUUUCAAACAUCAGAGGUCUCAACCCACAUUUAUUUACUCAGCAUGUGAAGUCUCAAUCCACUUUCAUUGUUUCCAACUAGCAUAAGUCUCAAUCCACUUUCGCAGUUUUAAACUGCUGAAGUCUCAAACUACUUAAAGAUUUUCAAUUUUCAGAUAUCUCAAUCUGUUAUCAGUUUUAUGUUUUUUUUUCUUUUAUGAGUUUCAAUCCUCUUUUAUUGUGCUCAACUAACAGAAUUCUCAAACCUCUUCAUAAAUUUCAACUAGCAGAAGACUCAAUCCAUUUUCAUAAUAUUUAAGUAGCAGAAGGCCGGCUUCAUGGAGGGACGGUCUACGACGGACCAGAUAUUCACAUUGCGGCAAAUCCUCCAAAAAUGCCGUGAACACCAAGUCCCUACGCAUCAUCUAUUCAUCGACUUCAAAGCCGCAUACGACACGAUCGACCGUAACGAGCUAUGGAAAAUCAUGGACGAGAACGGCUUUUCCGGGAAGCUGAUCAGACUGAUCAAGGCGACGAUGGAUGGAACGCAGUGCUGUGUGCGGAUUUCGGGUGAAUUGUCGAGUUCAUUCGAAUCGCGCAGGGGGCUUCGACAAGGUGAUGGUCUAUCCUGCAUGAUGUUCAACGUGGCGCUAGAAGGUGUUAUUCGACGAGCGGUGGGCGAAAUGCGGGGCACGAUUUUCAACAGAUCCAGUCAACUUAUCUGCUUUGCCGAUGACAUUGAUAUAGUCGGCAGAUCAUCUGCGGCGGUGGAGGAGAUCUACCGCAAACUGAAACGCGAAGCAGGAAGUGGGAUGAAUCAUCCAACAGGAUGAAAAUCCCGGAAAAAAAAGCGAAGCAGGAAGGAUUGGGUUGAUGAUUAAUACGUCCAAGACGAAGUACAUGCUGGUCGCGAUCGACGGCGACGAGCUGGAGAUAGUCGAAGACUUUGUCUAUCUCGGCUCACUGGUGACCGCAGACAAUGACACCAGCCGUGAGAUCCGGAGGCGAAUUAUCAGCGGAAGUCGUGCCUACUAUGGACUCCACAAGCAACUGCGGUCGAGAAGACUUAGCCCUCGCACGAAGUGUAACCUGUAUAUGACGCUCAUUAGACCGGUUGUUCUCUACGGGCACGAGACAUGGAUAUUGCUCGAGGAGGACCUGCGUACACUCGGAGUAUUCGAGCGACGAGUGUUAAGAACCAUCUUUGGCGGCGUACAGGAGAACGGAGUGUGGAGGCGAAAGAUCAACCACGAGCUCGCGCGCCUCUACGGCGAACCUAGUAUCCAGAAGGUGGUGAAGGCUGGCCGGAUAAGCUGGGCGGGACAUGUUGCGAGAAUGCCGGACGACUGUCCUGCAAAACAGGUGUUCGCUACGAAUCCGGUAGGAACAAGACGAGCGGGGGCGCAACGAGCGAGGUGGUUAGACCAAGUGGAGCGUGAUAUGGCGAACGUGGGGUGCCCAAGAAAUUGGAGAACGGUUGCUAUGAACCGAGUGAAUUUUAGGAAUUAUGUUCGUCAAGUUAUGUCGUGAGACGGAAUACUAUGUAAAUAAAAUAAUAAGUAGCAGAAGACUCAAUCCAUUUUCAUAAUAUUUAAGUAGCAGAAGUUUCA